UGAGACUGAGCUGUUAGCCACCAAAUCUGUUGUUCUCUUGUUCAUAUUCCACUUCUCAUCUUCAUCCUUCCAAGCUCACUAUAAGUCUCAUCUCCAGGAUUCCAGUGGCGAGUGUGUGGCCUGGGAAAGUACCUAUGAUAACGCCCAUGGAAGUCCAAGUGCGGAGCUCCACCGUCUUAGCUCUUGGCGACCCCAACACGGAGCCCCGCGAAGUGCCCCUCACCAUCUUCGACCGUUUCGCCUGCGACAUCCACAUCGCCGUCCUCUACGCCUUCACCGCCCCCACCCCUUCCAACGCCGACAUCGUAGAGGGGCUGUCGGAGACGUUGGCGCACUUCCCCAUGCUCGCAGCCCAGCUCGGCCACGACUGCGGCGGCCGCCCGUGCCUCAUGGUCGGCGGCGGCGGAGGCGGCGUGCUGGUGGUGGAAGCCACGGUGUCGUCGACCUUGGCCGAGCACAUGCCGCUGGAGCCGUCGCCAGACCUCCUGCUGCUGCACCCCCGGACCGAGGACGCUGCCCACUUGCUCCUUGUCCAGCUCAACCGCUUCCGGUGCGGUGGGCUGGUGGUCGGAUUGUCCGCCCAUCACAAGGUGGCCGACGGCCAGUCCAUGAGCGCCUUCUUGGUCGCGUGGGGGCAGGCCGUGCGUGGCAUCCCCAUCGAUCCGCUUCCGCUAUACGACCGGUCAUGGCUGAAGCCUCGCGUCCCGCCGAGAUGCGAGUUCCAGCACUGGGGCCUUGACUUCAUGCCCAUCACGCCCCGGGACGACGAGUUCGCCUCACACAACAACUUGGUCGAACCGAGCAGAAUCACCAACAUCCUGCUGCGCUACUCAUCGGAGUUCAUCACCGGGAAGCUCAAGGCCGAGACGAAGGCGAAGUACACCACCUUCGAGACCUUGCUCGCCCACGUGUGGAGGAAGAUAACGGCGGCUCGCGGGCUCGAGGGCGGGGAGGAGACGACGAUACGGGUCACGGUGAACGGCAGGCGCAGGUUGAAGCCGCCAGUGUCGGACCACUAUUUCGGCAACCUGGUGCUGAACGCGUACCCGAGAUCGACGGCGGAGAUGCUGGCGCGAGGAGGGCUGGAGGAAGCGGCCAAGGUCGUGCACGAGGCUAUCGCGAGGACCAGCGGAGACUACGUGCAGUCGAUGGUGGACUUGGGGGACAUGUACGGGGACGAGGAGCUGGUGCCGGUGUACGGCACGGAGGGGAAUGUGCUGUCGCCGUUGGUGGACGCCGAGAGCUGGCUGAGGCUGCGGUUCGAGGACGUGGACUUCGGCGGGGGAGGGAAGCUGUGCGCCUUCCUGCCGACGUGGGUGGCAUUGGAGGGGCUUGUGAUCUUCAUCCCGGUGGUGGGGGAGGGCGGUGGCGUCGACGUGAUGGUGUCGCUGCUUCGUGAGCAUGCCGAGGUACUCAAGCGCAUCUCCCACUCCCUGCAUUGAGACCAGACGACCUCUCCCCUCCUUGGUGCGUAUGCUGACAGGGCUUCAAUUUGGACUUGGGUCAAGAAAUGUAGGGCCAAUUGAAAUGUCUCUCAAAGUUAAUAUUAUAAAUGAGCAACGCAUGAUCCCAUCGA